CUUAGAUUGAGGGAAGCUUUAAGUGAAACUCUGUUUCAGUCACGAGCCCAAGUUUGGUUUUCAAAAUGUCGAACACAACCUCUGACCUCCGAAGCCGUCUUCUCCGAUUAUCUGAACCAAUAGCAGCGAUUCUCAGAUGCACACAGUACACACCUCAAGAGAGCAGCAAAGUUUCAACUAAAGAUAUACUCUUGUCCCUGUUACCAAACAGUUCGUCUCCUCGCUUAAUCAAUGAGGAAGACAGUCACGCGUCGAUCAAGAAUCUCGCGCUUGCUUGUGCCCUUCUCUCUUCUUCUCGAUCCUCCACUCACGAACUCCUCUCAUGGAUCCCCGAAAACCUCUCAGUCGCAGGGGAAUCGGCAUUUUGCGAGAUUUCUCGGGAGCAUUUCAGUGACUUUCCCGAGAAUAACGAUGAGAAGCUCGAGGAAUCAGUGGUGGAUAGUGGGAAGACGAGAUUGGUGAUCGAAUUGUUGCCGAUUGUGUUACCGGAUUUGAAAGGUAGAAUCGAAGAGAGCUCAACUGCUAAGAACAGUGAUGCAGAGGAUGUUUCAGCUGCAAUGGCGAGAAAACCAGUUGGUUAUGCGAUCUUGGCGGCUCACCAGCUCAGGUGGUUUGUGACUCAGGUUGAGAAACCGAAUUUGGCGAAAUUUUGCAACUUGGUGAUUCCUUGUGCUUUGACAGCACUUGAUCAUUGGUCUCCUCAAGUCAAAGGGCAGGGUAUGAUAAGCCUUAUACAUCUCGCUAGAAAUGUGAGUUCAGGUGAUCUCAGUUUGUAUGGAGAAGUGGUUCUUGAUGCGUGCUGCCAGAACAUAGUUUCGGAUGAUGAGAUUUGGAUACAUGUGGUAGAGUUAUCUGUGCUUCUUGUGACUAAAAUCCACCAAAAUAAUCCCCGUAGCCCGUGGUACGAAAGGAUCAUGAAUGAGAUGCUUGGCCAUCUGGAACGCCAACCAAGAAAUAAAGAGCGACGUAUCGCUUGGCUAAGAUUCAUUGAACCACUUUUUGACGCUCUUGGGCUAUUCUUACUUGCUCAUUUUCGACGAAUCUUCCCUCUUUUCUUUCAGUGGAUGCAUUCAGAUGACGCCGAAACCGUUUUGUUGGUUCUUGAGAGACUGGAGACGGUCGUAAAGUUGACGUGGAUUAGAAACUCACCCGUGAUCCCAAGAUUGGUGGAGGAGCUUGUUACCUUGUACAAACAGUCAUCGAUGCGUAAAGAGCGCGAUGAAAUCAGACAUCUUAUCCUCCGUAUCUUGACGCUACUCCGCAAGUGCAAAAGCCUGCAAUUUGAGUCAGCGUGGAGCAAGUAUCAGGAGGAUCCAAAUCUGAGCACGGUUGGCGAAUUUAUAUGGACUAGCUCUAGCUGACCCGAGAGAGAGAGCCUCUCUUCCGCUCAAGAGUUUUUAGGGGUCGUGACUAAAAGAGCAACAUAGAGCUUCUUCACUCUUUUUAAACUUUAUCUAGAUGUUGCAUGUAGAAUGGUAUAUCACAAAUGGUACAUGUAAUGUGAUCAAUUUUACAAUGUGUCUACCUUAUCUUUGAGUGGUAUAGAACUAUAUCACAGGAACUCUUGAAAACAUAUACACAUUUUGAAGUUGAAAAGUAGAGUCGCUGCACAUCAAAAACUCUGCGAACUCAUCUUUCGC